GGAGGAUUCACCUCUUGGUCAUAUUAGGGAUAAUUAUUUAAACCAAGAAGAGGACAGAAGGGAGAGGGGUCCAGGAUACUACAAGUUUCCCAGUGUGGUUGGUAAUCCUCGUCUGAAAAAAGCCUGUUGUGGCGUGGGACUGAGAAAAGGGGGUGAGAUAGACAGACAGACGGACCCAGCCUGCAGUACGGAGCCGCAGCCUUGCAGCCAGGAGCCUCUCUGCCAGGACCCGUCACAUCACUGUGCUGCAGCCGCACAGAGGAACCAGGCAGCUGAAGAGAGAGAGAGAGGGGAAAGAAAGAAAGAGAGUGGGAAAGAGAGGAGACCAAAGCACAGGGUACAAAGAGGGCACCACAUCACAUCACACCAGACAGAAACGCAACCACCACCACCAAACUUACGGAGAAACAACAAAACUUUUUCCCCUCUUGUCCUAAAGGGGACCUGAGCUGAGUUACACAGGACCUGAUAGUUGGGUGAACAGCAGUGUUCUACUGUUCUAGAGCGUGUUCUAGAGUGAUCCGAGAGUGUUUCGAGAGUUCCAAGUGUGUUCCAGAGUGUUCUAGACAGUGUUCUAGAAUCGGACAUAGGAUCUGUGUGAACGAGAACCAGACAGCAGUGUUCUAGAAUCGGACAUAGGAUCUGUGUGAACGAGAACCAGACAGCAGUGUUCUAGAAUCGGACAUAGGAUCUGUGUGAACGAGAGCCAGACAGCAGGAUGAGUGCCACUGAAGACUUAGCAAAGGACUACUAUGAUUACCCUGAUUGGAACAUGGAGAACGCUGUGCCUACCAAGGUCCCAGUUGAAGUAAUCCCACCAUGUGACCCUACAGCUGACGAUAGACUCUACCACAUCUGCAUCUCUGCCAUAUCUCUGGUGGUCAUGUUGAUCCUAGCGUUCCUGGCCAGGAGGAUGAAGCUGGCGAACGGGCGGAAAGGAGUCCCAGGGUUACUCAGCCCAGUGAACUUCCUGGACCACACACAGCACAAGGGCCUGGCUGUAGCAGUGUUUGGAGUGCUGUUCUGCAAACUGUUUGGUCUGGUCAUAGCCCCAAACCCUCUUCCCUUCAUCACAGACCAAGGCAACAAACAGAACUGGAUGAUCGUCUCGUUGUUCUACUACCCUGUUCUGUACUUCCCUCUCCUGGCCUGUGGAACGCUGCAUAACGCCGUGGGGUACGUGCUGGGAUCCCUGCUCUCCUGGACUCACUUUGGGGUGCUAGUCUGGCAGAAGGCCGACUGCCCAAAGACACCACAGAUCUAUAAGUACUACUCCCUGUUGACCAGCCUGCCCCAGGUAUGUUGCCUGGCCUUCCUCAGUUUCCAGUAUCCUCUGCUGCUGUUCAAGGGCCUGAAGGAGACCGAGAAAACCGACGCUAACGAGGAUCUGACCAGCAGCUACUACCAGCACUACGUCAAGAACAUACUAAAGAAGAAGAAGCCUUCCAAAACCAGUACAAGCGCAGAGAAGCCCACAUUGGUGGAGAGGAUAACUGACGCUGUGAAGUCAUACAUCUACACACCAGAGGAAGUUUUCCGGUUUCCCCUGAAGCUGGCGAUAUCUGGAGUAGUGUCAUUUACUGCCGUUUACCAGAUGGCUUUGGUGCUGGUGGCUAGCGUGGUGCCGACACUCCAGAUUGUCCGUCGAGGCAUCGACGAAGACGUCGCCUUCCUAUUGGCCGGUUUCAACAUCGUACUGUCAGAGGACAGGGCCGAAGUGGUCCAGAUAUUGGUCUAUUACAUGUGGUGUGUAGAAGUGUGCUACCUUUCUGCGAUGACCCUGUCCUGCUUAGUGAACCUGGUCAUGCUCAUGAGGUCCAUGGUUCUUCACCGAUCCAACCUAAAGGGUCUGUAUAGAGGAGACAUCUAUAACGUGUAUAACUGCCAGAGGAAUAUCAGACCGUCUCGUCCUGCCCUGGUCUGCUGGAUGGGAUUCACCAGCUUCCAGGCUGCUCACAUCUGCUUAGGUAUGCUGAUCCAGACCAUGGUGUUCUUCCUGUGUCUGCUGAUCGCUGUGUUCCUCAUCAUCCUCCCCAUCUUCCACGGACAGAACCUCAUGCUCUUCAAGGUCCUGGGGAACAUGUGGCCAUUCUGGCUGAUGCUGUUCUUAGCAGCAGUAGUCCAACACGUCACUGCCAGAUUCUGUUUCAUUAAGAAGUCUACAGGGACACGGGACCUCCACAACAGGGGUAGUCUCUUCCUGCUGACCUACCUGUUGUUCCCCGUCAAUGUUCUGAUUGGUGUGCUGCUGGGGGCGUGGCGGCUGGUCAUCACGGCCCUGUUCAAUAUUGUCCACCUGGGACGCAUGGACAUCAGCCUCCUCAACCGCAAUGUGGAGGCAUUUGACCCCGCCUACCGCUGCUAUGCUCACUAUCUGAAGAUUGAGGUGAGCCAGAGUCACCCGGUGAUGAAGGCCUUCUGUGGGAUGAUAAUGCAGUGUGCCGGGCAGGACAGAGACGAAAAGAAGGCCCGAGAUGCAGAGGAAGGCAUCCAGCUAGUCAAUCAGGAAGAGAAGCCGCAGCACAAGGUAUCCAUCUCUAAACGGGCGAGGUGCCAAUGGCAGCUCCUCUACACCCUGGUCAACAACCCCUCACUGGUGGGCUCCAGGAAGCACUUCCAGCGCCAGAGCAGCGAGGGCUUCUUCAACGGAACGCUCAACUGGGAUGCAAAGGGGGGCAGCAAGAAGGAGGCAGAGAAGGAAACAGAGGCAGGAAACAAGGAGGCAGAGAAGGAAACGGAGGCAGUGGCUAACUGACUGAAUGUAGCCCCCAGGCUUUGGGUCAAUUCCAUUCCAAUUCAGGAAGCGAACUGAAAAUUAAAGCUGCAGUGUGUAACUUUUUGGGUGACCUGACCAAAUUCCCAUAGAAAUGUGAGUUAUAGAUCUGUCAUUCUCAUUGAAAGCAAGUCUAAGAAGCUGUAGAUCUGUUCUAUGUGCGCUAUUUCUAUGCUUCCCGUUACGUUUCGGUUUUGUACAGCAGCCUCAAACAAGAUUUUUGCUUAUUAAAGUUAUUUCACAGCGGUUUAGAUGGUUUUGAUUUAUUAGGAUCCCCAUUAGCCGACGCCAAUGGGGACAGCUAGUCU